AUCGCAUGAAGUUGGCCGGCCGGCAGCGGUCCAUCGUGUAGGCGGAGCCGCGGGGAUUGGGGCGGUGGGGCCUGCCAGGAUGGGAAGCGUCCUGUCCUCUUCAGCGGAGGCGUCAGCCGGGGUCACGGGCGCCCAGCCGCGAAUGGGCCUCUCGGAGCUGGGCAACCUGCUCGACUCGGACGGCAAUCUGCAGAACGAGAUGCUGGUGUUCGCCUUUGCCGCCACGCUGCUGGCCACCAUCCCCAUCCUGCUGGGCAACGAGUUUGACGUCAACGUCGGCCUGCGCAGGCGCCGCAGGCAGCUGGCCGAGUCGCCAGUGGGCGGAGCCUGGCACAUGCCGCCUGUGCUGGCACCUAGCGGCGACUUUCGUCGACGGAGAGGCGCAGGGGCGGAGUCAGUCCUGAGAGGACGACGGGAAAACCGCGGUCGCGGUAUGAUGUGAAAAUGAGAAGUCUUCAUGCCCGGCAUGACGUGCUGCCUAUGAGCAGAUCUUGGCUACUCGUGAGUUAUCCACACGGUCAAUGAUGUUCUGAAAUAUGUCUGUCGUGUUCUGUACAAAGUGAAUGGCAUUAAGUAGCGCAAUGGAUUCGAAGUGAUUGAAACGGCAAUGAAGCGAACAAGAAAGGAAUAGCUGACUACGUCGAAUAGUAAAUGUCGUCAAAAAAGAUUAAGUCCACAAGACAGCCGUAAUGGCAGACGUAAUGUAAAGUAAAUAAGUUAUGCACCAGCCUCAGAUUGCUUUUACCUUACUCUGCUUGCUUAUCUUACCUACCAACCUCUGCUCGCUUUUGUAUUUGCUUUUAUCGUUAUUUGCUUCAUCAAAUUGUUGUGUAAUUUUGCCAAGCGCCGCCAUAUUUUGCGAAGCUUUACUUUAACCUAGGACCAGUGAACUGUAUGGCAGCCGCAUUGCGGAAGUAAUGCAGAUAGUAGUGCAAAGUUAUCGAGGGGGUACGCAAUAAAUUGAAAGUGGCAUGCUCCAUUAUUCUGCAUGUGGUAGAGAAAGAAAGUUGGUGUUUGUCGUCAACAAGCAGCGAACCGUUCUGAAAAAUAAGCUUGGGAAACGUUUUUAGUGCGCCCACUCAACUCGAUCAAACAAAAUAUCC